UUUCGUGUUUCAACUAACAGUUUGAUCACAGCUUUUCAUUUAUCUCGAUAUCCUUCAAUAUCCUCGAUGUUCAUUAUUUCAUAUUCAUACAUUAUACUUUGCUCCGAGAAUUUCCAUUCGUCACCGACGCGAGAAUCUAUUUCUAUAGACGUGUCACUUCUUCACGAGGUUAGAAGCAUGCGACAACUCACAUCUGCUAUCUAAGAAAACUUAUAACGGAGAAGAAAUGGCAUCCAUUUCCAAUGAGGCUGAUCAUGUCGGUGGCGAUCAACGUAGGAGCAAUCUGUUAUCGUCUACAAAAAACAAACACUAUGAUUUAAUUGACGAAAGAGGCGAUCAUGGCAGAUCGAAUAAAUUGAAUACACAAGACAUAACAAAAGAACUGAUUGCCAAAGAGUCUGGGCGCAGUAUAGCACAAGCAGAUUCUCAAUCAGUGGCACAGUCUUCAAGCACAUUAUCAUCAAUAAGCACUGAGGAUAAUCCUAAUGAUGACAACAAGAUGAAGAGCACCGAAUCUUCUGAUAACGAAAUAAUUCUUGUUGAUGAAGAUUCCAAUAUCCAAAACAAGGGAUAUAGCACUGGUGAUUCAGUAAGUGACCUACCAAGAAUAAGAGAGUAUGAUCCUACCAUAGACGAAAGGUUGCCUGAAACUGUGACAUUAUUGACAGCGCCGGAAGGAGGAAAGUUAUAUCUAGUAGGAACAGCGCAUUUUAGUAUUGAAAGUCAAAAUGAUGUGUCAAAGAUCAUACAGGCUGUACAGCCUCACAUAGUUGCAGUUGAAUUAUGCAGAGCCCGAGUUGGUAUAUUGCAGCUUGAUGAGAAAGUUAUGUUUAGUUAUGCUAAAAAUAUUGAUUAUAAAACCAUUAUGGAUACCAUAAAGAGGGAAGGACUAUAUAAUGGUUUAUUACAUAUUUUAUUACUAAGAAUGGCAGCACAUGUCGCCAAGCAACUUGGUAUGCCACCCGGCGGGGAAUUUCGAAGGGCAUUCGAGGAGGCAAAAAAUGUGCCAAAUUGUAUUGUUCAUCUGGCGGAUCGACCAAUUAACAUAACGAUGCAACGUGCGAUACGAUUGUUAUCCUGGUGGCAGACUAUAAAACUAGGAUGGCAUUUGGCAGUAAUGAAGGACCCCAUUACCCAAGAGGAUGUUGAACUCUGUAAACAACGAUCUAUGCUGGAUGAAAUGAUUGCCAGCAUGAAGGAGCAAUUCCCAGUGUUGGGAGAAGUGUUCGUGAAGGAGAGAGAUAUUUUCUUGACGAAUUCUCUACAGAUGGCUUGUAAUCAUGUCACUUAUUCUUUCGAACCAGUGCGGGUUGUAGGAAUUGUCGGUUUAGGACAUACACCCGGAAUUAUCGAAAAUUGGGGUAAAGUUAAUCCCACUGAUAUACCACCUAUGAUGAGAGUACCACCACCAUCGUUGUCGGGUAAAAUCUUAAAAUUUACCAUUAAGGCAUCUAUACUUGGUGCUGUGAUUUACGUAGGCUACAAAAUUGUGGCGGUACCCGCUGCUAUCACGUUCCAAUCUCUUAAGUCAUCGGUCCAGGGACUUCUACAGAGAAGCUAUCGUGGAUGACGGAUCUGCAGGUGAAUCAACGCAGAUGACGAGUCUAUCGGUUAGUGAUGACUGACUUGCCAGGAACGCCUGUUUGCUGCGUAAUAAGGUUACGCAAAGGAGAGUGUACGGAAGUGCAGGUAGGAGCAACAGGUGCAGCGUCAUCGCGGCGAAGUUGGCGGCGCGCGAAGUUGGCUGGACAAUUUUCUAAUUUCCACUGUCGCACGUUCGGGACUCAUCAUCGGUCGCGCCGCGCCGGUUCGCGAUACGUCGCGAGUGAAUCGUGUUUAAAUACGUGUGUAUAUCUUUUUUUCGUUCGUGCUGCUUGCUCGUCGGUCGCGACGCAACGAGAGGCAUGUCGCGUACGGUAGUGCCGAGUAAAGUACCGCGCGAUCGUCGUGUUCGGGUAAUCAGUGCGUGUGCGAUUGCCAGGUUAAGUUCGAUCAACCGCGUCUUCGCGUGUGAGUGCCAUGGAGGAACUAGGAAAUCAGAGAGGAGGAGGAGGAGGAGGAGAAGGAGGCCUGGGAGGCAUCGAGCGACGGCGGAGCAUCCACGAGGUAAAUAAUUUUCUUGUUUGCUUACAUUUCUUGAUAUUCAAUUAAGAAUCGUCCUUGGAAAUUAUUAUUUAGUCUCGGGACGUCGAGUCGGGCGGCGCCGUUCAGCCCUUUUCGCAUUGCAGCAUAAAAUUACAUGUGAUAUUUUUCAUGUAUUAAAAAUUUAUUAUUUAAAUUGUUUAAAUGAGAAUAUCAGAUAAUUUCACUUGGAGAAUAUUAUCAAAGUCUCUCCUGUUAGUAGGAUUCGUUUUGGAAAUUAUAUAAAUAUUUUAUUUUAAUUAAAUUAAUUAAAAAUUAAUUAUAUGUAUUAGUAUUAUAUUAUAAUAUUAAUAUGUAUAAUAUAUAAUAUAUUAUAAGAUAAUACUUGUAUUUCUGUGUGUGUAUUAUUUAUCCAUUUUUUUUCAAAAUUUGUAUAUAGAAAAUUUAAA